CUUAUAUUCUAUAACCCCAACGACAUACAGCAGUAUUCCCUGUUCACUGUAUAAAACAGGAAUUUAAUUUUUUUAAACGGCUCAGUCAGUAUUACCAUUCUGUAGCCUGUUAUUUGUAAUCCGGUUAACCACGAUGCGUACUACUGUCGCCGUUUUCGUUGCCGUGUUGGCGUUGGGACGCACAACAGAAAGCGUUCCAACCGGUCGCCACGAAAAAGCAGGAGGUAUGCGCGCGGCACAACCGGAACUCGAGCGUGAAACUCCAAUCAUUGACGAGGACUGGUCGGAUAUGGUUGGCGAGAUGCUGAUCGACACCGACUGGACGGUGGGCUUCUCCUGCUCCUCCUUCAAAUAUCUAAGCUCCUCCCAGGGCUUCGACUUCACCAAGAUGGCAGUUAUGGUACGCGAAAUCCUCGAGGGCAUCUUCGAAGGUUAUGAAUGGAACGUGGUCGUUGCGGCCGAACUCGGUGUCCGGAUAAGUUCUACCAUUCUCAAGUUUCCAGUCAGCCACGUCAAACUGCGACAUGGCAAAUCACUCGGAAGACAACUUGGCAACUCUGCUGGAAUUAUUGGCUGCUUUUCCAGAUAACUGCAGCGCCUGGAACCAGAUAUCGCGCCACUUGUAACGGCUGCUGGUACACCAUCUGGGCAGCCGUCCACGACCUGCAAAAUACCACGUCUCUAAAUUGUCCGUUUCCUUGAGCUGCCUUGUUAUGUCACAGGCAACGCACUGGUCUCAUCGCACGGCAUUCUUACAAUUAUCGAAGGAACCUUGGCAGAAUAAAUAUUAGACAAGACAUCGACUGAACGCUAUCGACAUUAACAGCGUUCCAGCCUCUUA